CCUGCGUUGGCUGUGGACGGCGCGGACACGAAAUUACUUCGGCACUUUACGAGUUUUCGCAGGAUUUAAAUCAGUUUUUUUAGAUUUUUUGGUAGAGAUAAGUUUUUAAACAUUGUAAGUAGGCUUUGUAGAGUGUUUUGUGAUGUUUUUUCGUAUUGGGUAGAGUGAGCGUGUUUUUUUGUUUGUUUACGAACAUACGAGUUGUUUAAUUUUUGAAAUAUGACUGGUCAAACCACGGCCAAUGGGAAUUCCAGUCUGGAAAUUGCACAGAGCAACCAGGAUCUCAUAAUGCAGACAAAGGGCAAAAGAAAAAAACGGACUUGGAUCAUAGCGGGCGUAGCCUGCGUGGUCGUGUUGGCGCUGAUCGUGGCCGCCAUAGUGUUGCUGAGCAACGAGAAAAAACAAAAGUCGAAGUACCCGAAGCUGCCCGAAGCUGAAGCUCUGUCGCUGGACGACGUCAUCUACGGGAAGCUGAAUCCGAAGAGUUUCAAUGCCACAUGGGUAACAGGCAAUGAACUUUUGUACGUCGAUGAAAAUAGAAAUCUGGUUAAAUUCAAUGUCGAAACAAAAAAUAAAUCGAUCGUAUUGCCAUCAUCAGACGAGCUCCUACAAUCUGCAUUCGAGUUCAAAGUAUCGGCAGAUAAAAAAUUCUUGUUGGUCACAACGGAUUAUCAAAAAAUUUACCGGCACAGCUUUCGAGCCCGUCACACAGUCGUGGAAUUGGGGGGCAGCGGGGGGAGGUGGGAAUUGCGGGCCGGCUCCAGCCUGGACUUGCAGCUCGUGGUUUGGGCCCCCGUGGGCAACGCGCUGGCUUUUGUUUUCGACAACAGCAUCUACUACAGGAAAUCGGCCAACGAGGGCGAGCCGGUCCUGAUUGCCACGGGCAGCCCUGUUGUCUACAACGGCAUACCCGAUUGGGUGUACGAAGAGGAAGUGUUCAGUUCAAACACAGCCCUCUGGUUCUCGCCCGAUGGUAAAAAACUCGCCUAUGGGCGGUUUAACGAUACCAAGACGCCUCUGAUGGUUUUGCCCAUAUAUGGAGACCCCGGUAACCCUAUUUUCCAAUACCCUAGGGCCAACGUCAUCAGAUACCCAAAAGCUGGAACACCAAAUCCAGAUGUUAGUUUGCACCUAGUUGAGCUGGAAAAUCCCAGUGAAGGGAAGGUUCUUUCGCCUCCAGAUGAUUUAGUAUCAAGGGAGCCAAUUCUGUCCACCGUAGUUUGGAACAACAAAGAAACUGUAAGUGCAAUUUGGAUGAAUAGGGUUCAAAAUCAAGCCUCCAUAAUGUCUUACAGUGCUAAGGAACCAUUUACACCCUCUGUGACCAAAAAGCUUAAACAGAAUGGAGGAUGGUUGGAGCUUUUUACAGCCCCUGUAUUUUCUGAAGAUGGCUCUAAACUGGCCAUUAUACUUUCACAGGAUCAAGGGAGAAAAUUGGGGUCUUACAGACAUUUAACAUUAAUUGCUACAGAUGAAUCUCAAGAUGAACCCCUUACUAAAGGAGCAUAUGUUGUUACAGAAUUGUUAGGAUGGGACCACAAGAAUGACCUAAUUUAUUACUUGGCCAACACAGCUGAGGAUUCUUCAGUGCAACAUUUAUACUCUAUAUCGCCAAAAACAAGAACGCCAAAAUGCUUAUCAUGCGAUACCAAGGCCAACUCGAACAAAACUUGUACUUACAAUACGGCCGAGUUCAGUCCUGAUUUCACCAAUUACGCGCUGACUUGCGCAGGGCCGGACGUCCCGGAAAUUAACAUUUAUUCCAGCAAAAACGUGAAACUGCUGGCUUGGGAGCAAAACAAAAACUUGCUGAAUAUAGUGCGGCAAAAAAGAAUUCCUGUCACCAAGAAAAUGGAGUUCAAUAUUUCAGACGGGUUUACCGCGAGGGUUAGUUUAAAGUUGCCCCCCAAUAUGGAUAUGAGCGGAAACACCAAGUACCCCAUGUUGGUAAAUGUUUAUGGAGGGCCCGAUUCCUUCCAGGUUAUAGAUAGGUUUGGUUUGGAUUGGGGUAGUUAUUUGGUCACAAAUAAGGGCAUUAUUUAUGCUCUUAUUGACGGAAGGGGGUCAGGAUUAAGGGGGGACAACUUGUUAUUUGCUGGUUAUCGACAUCUCGGAACUGUGGAGAUUGCUGACCAAAUAAACGUCACAAGGUCUAUCCAAGACACCCUUCCAUAUGUGGACGCGUCACGUACCGCCAUUUGGGGCUGGAGUUACGGAGGAUACGCCUCUGGAAUGGCCCUUGCCGAAGACAAAAACAAUGUCUUCAAAUGCGGGAUAUCAGUGGCACCUGUGACCGAUUGGGCGCUAUACGAUUCUAUAUACACUGAAAGAUUCAUGGGUCUACCAAAAGAAUCGGAUAACGCCAGAGGCUAUAUAGAGAGUCAGUUAUUAUUGAAAUACGAGGGGUUAAGGAACAAACAAUAUUUCUUAAUACACGGAACGUAUGACGAUAAUGUUCACUACCAACAGUCAAUGUUGUGGGCCAAAGUUUUAGAACAAAAAGACAUUUUAUUUAGGCAGUUGAGUUACCCGGAUGAGGACCAUGGUUUGGCUUCAGUUCGCCCCCAUUUGUACCAUUCUUUGGAACAUUUUCUCGACGAAUGUUUUUUGGAAAAGGAGGAGGAAUAAUAGAUAGAUAGAUAAAAUUGAUGUUUUAAAACUUACGACUGUCAAAAAAAACUAUUAAACAACUAGUCAAUUUGGUUGCGGUUGAUUGCGGAUCAAAAUCAAGUGAUUUUUUUUUACGUACCUAUUUGAUUUUUCGUUUUUUUUUAAAUGGCGACAGGGUUUCUAUUGCGAUAUAGAUCUCAGAAAAUUAUUAUAAAUGUUCUAUUUUUAUUAAGUGUUUGUAUAAAUGUAUAUACGAGAAUAUGUUAUAAUAAUGUUGGUUUAUUGUCUA